UAGAGAAAACAAAUGUUAGCAGAAAUGCUAACAUUGAAACAAAUAUGAAAAAAACUAAAAUGACAACAAAACUUUCACGAUUAUCAAAAGAAAUCACAGGGAAAUCUCCCACAACUUCACCAAAACAUUUGAAAAAAACGCCUGUUUCAACAACGAAACAACUGGAUGUGAAUACUGAAAAUCAAAAAAGUGACAAAAUAACCUCUGAUGAAGAGGAAGGAGUCAAACAAGAUGUAUCGAAUUUAGUAGACUUAACAGGGUUAAAAGCAGGAAGUUUGGACACUGAAAUGGACCAAGACGACUUAACAGUCCCAUCAACUUUCGAAAAUAUAACUCUAAAUAAUACAUCAUUUGAAAAAACAGAUAAAUUCAAUGCUGAAGAUCAAGGAUUGGCCAAAAUUGAAAUUAAACUCAGCGAAAAAGCACAAGAACUGGUCCGAGAUGAAUAUACAUCUAAUAGAAACCAAGACAUUUCAAAAACUGGAAUUUUAGCCAAUCACCAAAACCAGAAUCUUACCCAAAUAGAAAUUGCUUUAAGAAAAAACGAACAAGGUCUCAUUAAAACUGAAAAUGUAUUUUAUGAUGAAGACCAAAUGUUAGAAGAAGUUAAAAGUGGAUUUGAUGAUAAUGCUUAUGAACUGGCUCAGUCUAAGAAUGUGGUUAACGAUAAAGACCAAAAUCUGUCUCAAACAAAAAGUGACUUCAUAGAAAAAGACCAAGGACUGACCCAAGCCGAUUUUUUAUUCAAUAACAGGGAUCAAAUACAAACAACACAUGUAUCUUAUGACAAAGACAAACAGUUGACACAAAUUGACUAUGUAUCCAAUGACAAUGAUCAUGAAUUAGCUCCCAUUAAAAAAGUAUUUAACUAUAAGGAACAGGAACUUGCACAAACUGAAAGUGAAAUGAAAAUAAAUUACCAAACAUUGGUCCAUACAGAUAGUAUAUCAAAUCAAGAAUUAACACACGAUAAAAGUGCAUUUACUGAAAGUGAUUAUGCAUUUGUUCAAACCGAAAGUGUAGCUCAUGAUAAAGAACACAAUUUGAUCGAACCAGGAAGUUCCUUCAAAGAAAAAAACAUAGGACUGACACAGUCCAAAAGUGUAUAUAAUGACAAAGACCAAGAAAUGGUCCAGAAAAAAGAUGCUAUAAAUGAUAAAGACCAAGGACUGGCACAAACUAAAAAUGCAUUUAGUGAAAAUGACCAAGAACUGGCUAGGAUAAAAAGUAUAUUAAACGAUAAAAAUCAAGUAUUUACAGAAACUGAAACUUUAUUAAACGACCAUUACCAAGAUUUAGCUGAAACAGAUAAUGUAUUUUAUGGCAAAGAAUUGAAACAGGUUGAAUCCAUAUUAUAUGACAAAGAUCAAGGAAUAAAUGCAUUUAAUGAUGAAUAUCAAAUAUUACCUGAAACGGAAAGUUUGGGAAUUGAAAGCGACCAAGGAUUGACCCAAGCAGAAAGUAUGAUUACUGAUAAACACCAAGUACUAGCUCAAGCAGAAAAUACAGCGUAUGAAAAGAAACAAGAAUUAAAACAAUCUGAAAGUGAGAAUGACAAAAAUUUGUUACAGAUUGGAUUUUUUUUAAAUAAUAAAGAUCAAAAACUGACACAAAGUGAAGAUGAGUUUAAUGACAAAGAUCAAGGAGUGAUACAAAGUGAAGAAGUAUUUAGUCAUAAAGACCAAGCAUUGACACAAACUGAUUGUGUAUUUAAUGAUAAAGAUCAAGGACUAACACAAAGUGAAAGAGUAUUUAAUGAUACAGAUAAAGGACUGACAAAAAGUAAAGGUACGUUUGAAGAUAAAGAUCAAGGAUUGACACAAGGUGAAUAUGUAUUUAAUAAUAAAGAUCAAGGACUUACACACGAUGAAUAUGUAUUUAACGAUAAAGAUCAAGGACUUACACACGAUAAAUAUAUAUUUAACGAUAAAGAUCAGGGAUUGACACAAAGUGGAGUAUUUAAUGACAAAGAUCAAGGACUGACACACGAUGAAUAUGUAUUUAACGAUAAAGAUCAAAGAUUGACACAUGAUGAAUAUGUAUUUAACGAUAAAGAUCAAGGAUUGACACAAAGUGGAGUAUUUAAUGACAAAGAUCAAGGACUGACACAAGGUAAAGAUGUGUUUAAUGAUAAAGAUCAAGGAAUGGCACAAAGUGAAAGUGUAUUUAAUAAUACAGAUCAAGAACUGACACAAAGUGAAGGUGCUUUUAAUUAUAAAGGUCAAGGACUGGCACAAAGUGAAAAUGUAUUUAAUGAUAAAGGUCAAGCUCUGACACAUAGUGAAGGUGCGUUUAAUGAAAAAAAUCAAGGACUGACAAAAGAAGGUGUAUUUAAUGAUAAAGAUCAAGGACUGACACAAAGUGAAGGUGCGUUUGAUGAUAAAGAUCAAGGUCUGACACAAAGUGAAGAUGCGUUUAAUGUUAAAGGUCAAGGACUGGCACAAAGUGAAGAUGUCUUUAAUGAUAAAAAUCAAGAACUGAUAGAAAGUGAAAGUGUGUAUAAUGAUAAAGUUCAAGGACUAACCCAAAGUGAAGGUGUUUUUAACGAUAAAGAUCAAGGACUGACGCUAAGUGAAGCAGCUUUUAACGAUAAACAUCAAGGACUGACACAAGGUGAAGGUGCUUUUAACGAUAAAGAUCAAAGACUGACACAAAGUGAAGGAAUAGUUAAUGACAAAGAUCAAGGAAUGACACAAGGUGAAGAUGUAUUUGAGGAUAAAGAUCAAGGACUGACAAAAAGUGAAGGUGCGUUUAAUGAUAAAGAUCGAGCUCUGACACAUAGUGAAGGUGCGUUUAAUGAUAAAGACCAAGGACUGACACAAAGUGAAGGUGCGUUUCAUGAUACAGAUCAAGGUCUGACACAAGGUGAAGAUGUAUUUAAUGAUAAAAAUCAAGAACUGGAAGAAAGUGAAAGUGCGUUUAAUUAUAUAAAUCAAGGACUGACACAAAGUGAAGGUGCUUUUAACGAUAAAGACCAAGGACUGACACAAGGCGAAGAUGUAUUUCAUGAUAAAGAUCAAGGACUAACACAAAGCGAAGGUGUAUUCAACGAUAAACAUCAAGGACUUAUACAAAGUGAAACUGUAUUUAAUGAUAACGAUCAGGAACUGCCACAAAGUGAAGGUGCUAAUAUUGAUAAAGGUCAAGGAAUGACACAAAGUGGAGAUGAAUUUUGUGAUAAAGAUCAAGUUCUGACACAAAGUGAAGUUGCAUUCAGUGAUAAAGAUCAAUCUUUGACACAAGGUGAAGAUGUAUCUAAUGAUAAAGAUCAAGGAAUGGUACAAAGUGAAAGUGUAUUUAAUGAUACAGAUCAAGAACUGACACAAAGUGAAGGUGCUUUUGAUUAUAAAGGUCAAGAACUGGCACAAAGUGAAAGUGUGUUUAAUGAUGAAGAUCAAGCUCUGACACAUAGUGAAGGUGCGUUUAAUGAAAAAAAUCACAGUCUGACAAAAGAAGGUGUAUGUAACGAUAAAGAUCAAGCUUUGACACAAAGUGAAUAUGUAUUUAACGAUAAAGAUCAAGGAUUGACACAAAGUGCAAAUGAAUUUUGUGAUCAAGUUCUGACACAAAGUGAAGUUGCAUUCAGUGAUAAAGAUCAAGCUUUGACACAAGGUGAAUAUGUAUUUAACGAUAAAGAUCAAGGUCUGGCACAAAGUGAAGGUGUGUUUAAUGAUAAAGAUCAAGGACUGACAAAUGAAGGUGGAUUUAAUGAUAAAGAUCAAGGACUGACACAAAGUGAAGGUGUGUUUAAUGAUAAAGAUCAAGGUCUGGCACAAAGUGAAGGUGUAUUUAUUGGUAAUGAUCAAGGGCUAACACAAAGUGAAGGUGUAUUUAAUAAUAAAGAUCAAGUUCUGACACAAAGUGAAGUUGUGUUCAGUGAUAAAGAUCAAGCUUUGACACAAAGUGAAGGUGCGUUUAAUGAUAAAGACCAAGGACUGACACAAAGUGAAGGUGCGUUUAAUAAUAUAAAUCAAGGACUGACACAAAGUGAAGGUGCUUUUAACGAUAAAGACCAAGGACUGACACAAGGUGAAGAUGUACUUAAUGGCAAAGAUCAAGGACUGGCACAAAAUGAAGGUGUAUUUAAUAAUAAAGAUCAAGGACUGACACAAAGUGAAGAUGUACUUAAUGGCAAAGAUCAAGGACUGGCACCAAAUGAAGGUGUAUUUAAUAAUAAAGGUCAAGGACUGACACAAAGUGAAGAUGUACUUAAUGGCAAAGAUCAAGGACUGGCACCAAAUGAAGAUAUAUUUAUUGAUAAAGAUCAAGAACUGACACAAAGUGAAGGAGUAUUUAAUGGUAAUGAUCAAGGGCUAACACAAAGUGAAGGUGUAUUUAAUAAUAAAGAUCAGGUUCUGACACAAAGUGAAGUUGUGUUCAGUGAUAAAGAUCAAGCUUUGACACAAAGUGAAGGAGUAUUUAAUGGUAAAGAUCAACGAAUGGCAAACAGUGAAAGUGUGUUUAAUGAUAAAUAUCAAGGACUUACACAAAGUGCAGAUGUAUUAAAUGAUCAAAAUCAAGAACUGGAAGAAAGUGAAAGUGCGUUUAAUUAUAAAGGUCAAGGACUAACACAAAGCGAAGGUGCUUUUAACGAUAAAGAUCAAGAACUGACACAAAGUGAAGGAGUAUUUAAUGGCAACGAUCAAGGACUGGCACAAAUUGAAAGUGUAUUUAAUGAUAAAGAUAAAAAACUGGAAGAAAGUGAAAGUGCUUUUAAUGAUAACGAUCAAGGACUAACACAAGGCGAAGGUGCUUUUAACGAUAAAGAUCAAGCUUUGACACAAAGUGAAGGUGCGUUUAAUGAUAAAGUUCAAGGACUGACAAAUGAAGGUGUAUUUAAUGAUAAAGAUCAAGAACUGACACAAAGUGAAGGUGCGUUUAAUGAUAAAGAUCAAGGUCUGGCACAAAGUAAAGGUGUAUUUAAUGAUAAAGAUCAAGGGCUGACACAAAAUAUAAGUGAAGCUGAUGAUAAUGAUCAAGGACCGACACGAAGUGAAAGUGCAUUUAAUGAGAAAGAUCAUGGCUUAGUUCAAAUGGAAAGCACAGCAUAUGAUAACGACCGAGAAAUAUUACCAUUUAAAAAAUUAUUUAAUAAUAGAGACCAGGAUCUGGACCACACAGAAAGUCUGUCAUGUAACGACCAACAAUUAAGACAAGUAGAAACUGUAGUUAUUGAUAAAGAUCCAAGAUUGUUUCAGAUAGAGAAUGCAUUGCAUGAUAAGGACCACGAAUUAAUAAUAAUUGAAAAUGUUUCUAAUGAGAAUAUACAAGAACUGGUUCACACAGAAAUUGAAUUAUUCGUUAACAAACAAGAAUUUGCAGAAACUGAAAUCGUACUUCAUGAAAUUGACCAAGAGGUGACCCAAAUAAAAAGUUCAUUUUGUGACAAAGAAUUGAAACAAGAAGGAAGUGCUUGUAGGGAUCAAAACCUCAGAUUAUUUCAUCCAGAAAAUACGGUUCAUGAGAAAAUUCAAGAUCUUUCUGAGAUACAAAAUGUUACAAUUGAAAAUGACAGAGAAUUCUCUCAUGUAGAAAAUGUAUUAUACGCGAACGACCAAGAAUUAAAACAUGAUGAAAGUAUACCUCACGAGAAUGACCGAAGAUCGAUUCACACAGAAAAUCUGUUGCUGAAUAAAGACCAAAGAAUACAAAAAGCUGAUAAAGUAAUGUAUGUUACAGAUGAAGGAUUAGCCCAGACAGAAAAUGUAUCAUGCAAUAAAGAACAAUGGGUGACACAAGAUCAUGGAGUAUACAGUGAUAAUGAGAAAAAACUGGACCAGACAAAAAAAGAGUUAUUUGAUAAAGAACGAGUAUUUGUUCAAGCUGGUAUUGUAUUAAAUGAAAAAUGCCAAGAAUUUAUUCAGGCAGAAAAAGCAACUUAUGACAAAGACACAACACUGGUACAAGCUGGAAAUAUACCUUAUAAUAAUGGUCGUAGCUUUAUACAAACAGAAAGCACAUCUGAUGAUAAAAAUCAGACUGUGCCAACUGCUCAAUACCAUGAGCUGAUUCAAUCGUUAAAUGAAAAUGGCCAAAAAUUGUGUCAGGCAGGUUUAUCCCAUGAAGAAAAGCUAGAAUUAGCACAAACUGAAAGAACGUAUAUGUUUAACGAUAGGGACUACGGACUAUCUGAAGCAGAAAGUGUUUUUCAUGAAAAUGAUCAAGUAAUACCUAAAAGUGAAAAUACACAUUUGUCAAGCGAUAAAGAUCAACGACUUCUCCCAAAAGAAAAUAUACUAACUUAUAACGAAAAUAAAGUAGUCGAGAAGGAAAACUUAAUCAUUGACAAAGACUUUGAGUUUGUUGCAAGCGAAGAAUAUUCUGGAAGAACUUUCAGUCAUAAAGAUCAGGGCUUGCUUCAGACUGAAAGUGUUUUGAAUGACAAAGUACUGGAUAAAGGUGAUAUGGUAGAUGAAGGCAAACUCAAUGACACAGAGCAAAUGGUAGCUGAAACAGAGAAUAUUAACAACGAUAGUUUAGAAAGAUUUGCAUACACUGAAAGUCUGUCAAGUAUUAAAGUGGUGCACUCAGAAAAAGAAUUCAAUGAUAAAGACCAAGGUCUGGUUCAUGCCGAAAAUGUACUCAGUGAUACAGAUGUAUUGAUGCAAAUUAGUGGAAAUAUUGAAUAUACAUUAAAUGCAACAUCGACAAAGUCUCAUCACACUCCACAAACUACUAGUAAAGGUGUUCUAGCAUUGAAGAAUCUUCAUGAUGAUGAUGAACAGAAUUUUGGGAUUCCUCAUUUGGAACCAUUACGAGCACAUACAGAACUAUCACUUAUCUCAGAGGACUUCGGUCACUAUAAAAUAAAAAAAUUAGAAGAAGAUCACGUAUUAGACAAACUUGCAUCUAUUCAGGUGAAUGAACAAAAAUUGCAGAAUCUGCAUGAUUAUGAUGAACAUGGGUUGGAAAUGUCAACUAACAGAGAACCAGUUUUUGAUGAAUUGGAUCAAAUGACAGAUCAACAAGUACAAAAACCGUGUACAGAAGUUAAGUGUCUCCUUAAUAAAGUAGCAUCCUAUACUAUACGAAACACAAACAAAUGUUUCAAUGAAAAUUUAGACGCAGAAGUGCUCUUUGAAAAUAAAAUGGAUGGCGCAAAGAAGCUUGAAAAAGUUGUUAAUAUGGACACUGUUGAUAAAUGUCCUUCUAACCAAGGAGAUAUUUGUGGUUAUCAACCAGAACAAGAGGGAUUACCAGCAGAAGUACUUAAAACAACAGAAACUAUCGAGAAAAAUGUUUCUGAUACCGAACUUUCUGGUAAAAAAAUAAAAGAAAUAGAGGAACAUGAAAAGGUAUUUACUGGGAAACAAAGAAAACAUCAUACUGAAGUUAUUACCCAGGUCAUCGCUCGGGCAGCUAAUGACGAUAACUUUGAUGUAAAUGGUCAGGAACGACAACAAAGUCACGAAAAGGAAAAAAUGUUGGAAUUUAAUGCUACAAGACAUCUUUUUUCUCAUGAGAAAAGUCUAAAAGAGAAAGACAAACAAUUAACCCCCUCUCUUGGCGAUUUCAAAUACACUUAUGAUGAAAACGCAAAAGAAAAGCUCACAAACCAAACUUUUAACCAUCAAACUAAUAAUGAAUUUGAUGUUGAUUUUUAUAAGACUGGAACGGUAGCUUUAGAAAACACGGAUAAUCAGUUUUUAUCUUUGGUUGUUAAUGAUGAAAAUAUCAUUAGAAAUGAAGCUGGUAAAAUUUCGUAUUUAGAAUCUCAAGAAAAGCAAGAAAGACCCGAUGAUUUAAAACAUCAUGAAAAGAUUGUACACAAAAACGAGCUAGGAGAAGAGAAAACCCAAGAGCUUCCAGAAGAUAAUAUACACCUUUCUGGAAGUCAUCCAGGAAUAAAAUCAGAACCACACACUUCGGAAAAGGACUACUCAACAUCUGAAACUCUAGAUGCCGUAAGUGAUGAUAUCUUACCAGAAGAUGGUACUCCAUGUGGUGAAACAGAAAAAUUUAUCAGUCAUUGUUUUGGGGAAGGUUUACCUGAUAAUUUCCAAGAGACUAAAGAGGUAGAUACUGCGCCCUUUGAAAAUGAUUUAGUUCCUCUUUAUUCUACAAAUGAAAAUGAAGUAUAUUUUCCAGAGCAUUAUCUGUGCAAAGGAGAAAAUAUAAUCCAGGAUUUAAAACACCAAAUUUAUGAUGAAGAAGAACAGGAUGAAAUCCGAUGCUCAACUACUUUGGAUGGUCAAAAUAGUUAUGAUAUGCGGCCUUCUACUGGUUCAGAGGGUGAAAACGGCGAAUCAGAUAUACAUAUUCUGGAUCCAAAUAUUACCAUACAAUCUUCUUCACUAUGCGAAGAACUCAUUGCUCAAUGUGCUAAACAAAAAUACGAUUAUGAAAAAUCAAAAAGUCCUUUUGUGGAGGAGGUAGCUUAUGAAAGUACAUCAAAAGCAUAUUAUUCAGAACUGAUGGGAAAACUUUCAGAAAGCACCAUUCUUUCUGUUCCAAACUUUUCUCAAGAUUUCCAACAGCAAGUAUCUAACAACACACAAACAGAUUACAGCGAUUUUCAAGAAAACCACUUUGAGUCUUUCAAAGAUUCAAGAAACACAGAUACAGAAACAAAAAAAUAUAUACAAACUACUUCUUGCCAACUUCCUAAUUCAGGACAAUGUGAUACGGAGCACACUCCAAUAAACUCGAACCUGCAAUCAUGUAUAUAUUCCAAAGACAUUUCACAUAGAACGAAUCUAGAUAGGCAAACAGUAGACCUUCGUGGGGCGCACAGUAAUGAAGAAAAUAUUAAGGUCGAUUUUCCUGAAGAAGGUUGUGUGUAUAAACAGAAUGAGGGUUUUUUUUCGUUAUCGUACUCCGAAAACAAUUGUGACGAAUCGAAAACUGAAGAAGAAAAUUUACAAAUAAAUAGUACAGAUAUGAUACAGCAAGAUUUAUCCAUGGAUAACAAUUAUUUAUCAGUGAACUCAUUAAAAGAAUUUCCUGCUAGCGUCUCAGAGGAACUUAUCGUAAACAGUAUACAAUCAUCUUAUUCCAGUGAAGAAAGUAGUAAGGGUUGGGAUAAAGCUGGUGAUUCAAACAUGAUUAAAAAUUUAAAUGCAGAAGUGUGUGAACAGACAAGCAAGGGACAGGUGGACUUAGCUUACUUAUCAAAUAUGUAUUCUUCAAAUACAUAUAGUUGGAAAUCUGACAAUAUCCCUGAUGAUCAUAUGUUUUCAUCAUUAUCAGUUCCUCAAGACCAAACUAAUAAAGGUGAUCUCCAAGUGAAAGGAAACGAAUCAGUAUGUCCCAUGAGGCGAAAAGAUUCCUUUUCUUCUACCUGUUUAUCUGAAGGUGACGGCAGCGCAUGUGAUGGAGGACAAGCUACCGAUUAUAUUAACAACAGCAAGAGCUUUCACCCAGAAGACGAAUUAGGAACAGUCAACUUAGACGAUGAACAUCAUUUUGUGAUAAACCAGCGUCAAUCAGAUUUCAAUAAUAUUUCAAAAUCAUUAGUACGUGACAUUCCGUCAAGUGAACAAGAAUUUCUGAGGGAUGAAACUGUAACGACGAUCCACACUCAGUCUUCGCCGUUUGAUAAAAGGGAUGAAGACUUUCAGUUAGACGACUGGGAUAAGCCAAUGGGUUUACCAACUCCUCCGGAUUCUCAAGACAUUUCUAAUCGCAGUAAAACUGCAUCUAAAACAGAUACCAAAGAUCCAUCGAAAACUCCUUCUAAAACUGCUUCAAACCACAGUGUCAGUAAAGGGUUACUCAAUGGAAAGAGUGCUUCUAAAGCCACUAAAAAGUCUGUAUCUUCUAGAAGUGUUAAGAAAACUUCUGCAGGGAAAUGUAAGAAUUUGGUUUCUAAUGACCAGGCAGCUCCAAUUUAUGUAGAUCUGACCUAUGUACCAAACCAUGGAGAUCCGAAUUACUGUGAUGUGGAAUUUUUCAGAAGAAUACGAGCACGUUACUAUGUGUUUAGCGGCACCAACCCAUCAAAAACAGCUUUUGAUGCUCUAUUGGAAGCCAAGAAAGAUUGGGAAGAUAAAGACGCUGUUGUGACUAUCAUCCCAACAUAUGAAACUGAUACUCUUGGUUAUUGGAUAGCAUUAAAUCAAGAUAUUUUGAUGGCUAAUAAAAUUGAAGUUUCUCCAUCGGUCAACAGAUGUACCAUUAAUCUUCAAGACCACGAAACGAGUUGCUCCGCUUACCGACUGGAGUUUUAAAGAUUUAACGUUGAUUACUUUUCGUUUUUAGUUCCUGUUGGACUUAUUAAUAAAAUAUCAAAUGUUAUUUUGAUAAUUAAGUUUAAAGUUAUAAAUCCUUGAUAAACAUCAAUAAGCUACGUGGAAGAAAAUUUGAUACUAGCUAACUGACUUAACAUACUGUUGAGCCAUCUAUGUAAUAAGGUUAUUGGAGAUUGUAGUUGUUUGUUUAUUUUUAUAUUUUAACUUAAAGGUGGUUUAUUAUAUGUAUAUUACCGAUUCCGUGUUCUUGUUUUUUAAGCUACAAACUAAAUUAAUUACUAGUAUCGGUUGCAGUUAUCUUAUUCUUUGAAUAUUUAAUAUAUAACAAGAGAUGAAGUUAUUUUUAGGCGUAUGGAAAGACGGGUGAAAUAUUUAACUACCCGGGAGACAUUUUGUCACAUAUAUUUUGCUUAAUUCUGCUGUUUGUAGAAAUAUUUUGUUUUGUUUUUUUCUAAUGUGAACUGUUCAACUCCAGUUCGGUAUCUAGUAAGUUUGGUAUGUGCGUAAGAAAAGUUCGUUAUUUGCCGAGAAAGAACUUUCAUUUGAUUUACUAAAAAUAUAUUGAUAUUAAACUAAAGCGAUAAUCCUACCAUAAAAACGUUAAUAAUUAUUACAAGGCUUUUCUACUAUCUGUAAAAUUAAUAACUUUUUACUAUUGUUAGUCAAUCUAUCUUUAAAACUAACAACAAUAACAAAUAAUAAUCCAUAUGAUGCUGCGUUAAAAUGCCUUGGGUGGAAAUUACAUUUUUUGUGAUUAUCUUAUGUUUUUCCUUUUAUAUAGCAUAGGUUCUUAUUAAUUGAUACGAAAAGUGAAAUGUUAAGAUAUUUGUAAAGCUACAAUAAGGUAAACUAUUACUUUAAGUUCAUAUGUAUGCAAAGCAUUACGGCGAUUUUUAAUUCGGCAUCCAUAGCAAAUAAUUUACAGAAACGUGUUAAGAAGUCAAAUUUUUUUUGCUUCAUCAUGUUGAACGAGGUCUACCUAUUAUCUAUUUUAAGACAUACAUUAUAUAGAGAAUAAAAUUUGCGACAGUAGCGUAGCUAUUUUGACUUUUCAAACAAAGGUGAUAUUCUAGAACAAGUAUAAUUCAUAUACUGUUGUCAGAAGUGAAACGUAUCUCCAUAUAUACAGUACCACAACUUCACGUUAUCUCAAGUAGAGUCUUCCGUCAAACUUUAAGAGGUUUAUUACCUAAAAGCUAUACAAUGUUUUUAAAUUAUGUCGUUGAAUUCUUCCAAUGGAUAUGAAGUAUACUUUUAUCAUUAUGUUAAAUAUUUUAUAUUUGAAUUGAAUGUUAUUGUUCUUUGAACUGAUAUAAUUACAGAAGAGCAUGCAUAUGAUUCUGAUGAAGUGUUAAUUUAGUUUAAAUUUUCAAGUUACUCAGGCUCGAGCACAAGUAAAACAAGAUCGUAUUGUAAUAUGACAAUUAAAACAAAAACCCAAAUAACAACAUGAUGCACAGAAAUUAGAGAAUUUACAGGUUAUUUUUAUCCAAUAUAGAAAAAUGUUCAUUGUUAAAAUAGCAACGUUUAGUUUAUUAGUAAAACGAAAUUAAAUAAAAUUGCACAUUUUGAGAUAUGAACUACGUGAUUUCUUAAAAUAUGUUAUUUUCAAAUUCAUACAAAACGAUUCAAACAAUCAAGAAUAAGAUGGAUAGGGGAAUGCCAUUUUUAACUUACAUAUAUGGUUAGUUGAUCAUACUGGUUUAUCAUUUUUGAUAUUUUUUCAAAAUUGGAAGUAUACCCCCCCCCCUGGGAGAGUAACAUUCGUUUGCUGAGUAGAGAGUAAACCUAUGUAAAUAGGAGUCCAGUCACACAUGAGAGGACUUAAUUUAAUUUGGACUGAGUCAAAUCCUUUUUUUACUGGGUCUUCAACAACAGGUUAAAAUACUACGUUUAAAUUCCAAGAGAUUAUGAAGCGUAAACAGCUACAAACUUAGCUAAAAAUUCCAAUUAUAUAAUCAAUCAUCAAUGUUUAUAUAUUUCUCGUGUUAGUUUAGAUUGCUUUGAUAUCACCAAUCGUAAUGUUUGUUUUUAUCUAAAUUUUUACAUGUUCAAAGUAUAAAGAAAAACGUUACAUCAAAGUGCUUUAAUGCUGAAAAUAUACAGUUGUGUUUAUUAUUGAUCCAUGUUAUUUGAGUAGUUAUAACUUAUUAUACGGUCAAGCCUCAAGAAAAAGUGUGCCUUGCCGAAUUUAUCUUGCGAACUGAAACCAUUAUCGUUAGUUUAUGCAGUUGCACUAUUUCAUUUAUCUGUUUGUUAAGUAUUUGUAAAACUAAAAUGUGUCUUGUCAACUGUAUGUCGUUGAAUUUAUGCAAAUUUCUAGGAAUAACAAUACUUUGCCCCAUUAACUUAGUAACCUAUAUAUAUUUUCCAAUAUAUAGAUGACACAAAUUUUCAAAUGCAUUUUGUAAGUGAUUAUGAUCUGUUUGUUCGAGAGGCUUUUAUUGUAAAUCGUAACUUUUUUUGCUAUGAUGUUGAUUUAUUUGGAUGGCUUAACAAAAUUUUGCUGUUUUUUUGCACCUUAAAUUUGUACCAUUUAUUUGGUUUGACCUUGCCAUUGCAAUCGAUGAAUGUUAUUUUAUAUUUAACAAUUUAUAUGUUUCACUUAUGUUUCCCACUAUGAAGUUGUUGGUAUAAACUUUGAGCUCAAGAUAUGCACACUUAUUUGGAAAAAUUUUUAAUUGUUUAAAAUACUUUUAAAAUAUUUAUUUUAUUCGAGAAUUUGAAAAUUUGUCGUAGCUAACUUAUCAAUAAUAUAUAUAUAUAUAUAUACAGAUUUUCAAAUAAAAUAAACAUUCAAUAAUUUGCAAUAAAAAUUAUCUUUAGAUAACAACUGCCCAAUAUUAGGCAUACGUUGAAUUCUCAGCCUUUCGAAAGUGCUUUGUUCAACUAAUACAAGUAACAAAUUGUAGAGUUACUUUAGCAGUUUCUAAGUUGUUGUGUUUAAAGCAAGUUGUAACACUGAAUCAAUUCACUUGUCACCGCUUUAUCCAUGCAAACACUCAAUAAUGUCAAUAAAUUAUGCUUUGCC